AUUCGUUUGCACGUGUCACAAAUAAAAAAAAAAAAAUUAUCUCAUAGAAAUUAAAAUAUUCUAUUCUUAUACUAAAAAUUCAAGUAUUUAACAAUUAAUUUUCAGUCACACGGUACAUUAUUGUCAGUUAAAAAAGAAUAUGGAAAAACGUAAUGGAUGUCACAAAGUAUUGCCUAAAUACUACUCAAUAUUUUAAAAUUAUUUUGUUACUCGCGAGUUGUGACUUAAUUAUUAUUAAACAUUUUUAAUUAUCUAAUACAUUAUAUUUUAAAUUAAAUUAUUUAUAAAUUGUCUUCAGCUAUGGAAUCGAUGAUUUCAAAUGAAAAUUCUGCGAUGAUAACCGAAGAUGAACAAGAUCUUCAAAUAACUCCUAAACAUUUCAAGUAUACAUUAAGACAUACAAAGGAACCAUGCUCAACACCUGCUGAUGAUGUUCUAAAUAAAACUAGUCAUUUGCAAAGUAAGAUAUGCUGUAAGUUUUGUCAUAAAACUAAAACAGAAGAUGUGUUCAUACCUUCAGAUGCUAAACCUGAGUGCAUUGUAUUAGCUAAUGAAGCUUUGGCCAAUAUUUUCACUGAUAAUUUUAAUAUUAUUCAACACAACCUUAUAAAUUAUAGUAUUUAUGAUGAAAAUGGACACAUGUGCUCAAUAGAUUCAGGAAUGAUGGAGAGAAAUGUAAAGCUUUAUAUAACUGGCUAUGUGAAACCAAUUUAUAACCACAGUCUAAAUAUAGAAGAUGGAAUUGCAGGUAUGGCGGGGCCAAUAUUAGAAUGGUGGUUAUCAUCAUAUGAUGGAGGUGCUCAGGCAUUAAUAGGUAUAAAUACUGAAUAUGCUGAUUACUUAUUAAUUGAACCACAUCCCAAUUAUAAAAAAUAUAUGACAUCAGUGAUUGAAAAGAUAAAUUUGAGCAAAAUAGUAAUUGAAAAAAUGUUAGACAAUCAUGAAUCUGAUGAUUCGACUUAUGAGGAUAUUUUAAAUUAUGUUGUAACAUCUAUAAAUCCAGCAACAGGCAAUAAAUUUUCAGAAGAAGAACUUAUCGCUCAUGCACAGUUUGUACUCGAUCAAGUAACAGACUAUGAUUCAACUGGCAUGUAUGAUUUUCCGUUAUCUGAGACUCAGUUUGUUGAAACUUUGACUGAACUGUCAGGGGCUGCAAAAUCUGUUAAUGCACCAACCAGAAGGUUAGGUAGAUUGGGACAAGGAAUUACAUGUAUAAAAACUGAUUUUAGCCAACGAAAGUUCAGCAAAGCUACGACUACAGAGCUGGUGAAAGAUGUGUUUGAAAAUGUGUUUGCUGCUCAAUUAGAUAUAGAUGAUAACCAAAGUGAAGAAACAAUGAAUAAACUUGUAAAGACUGUAUUUGACAAUGUAUGCGAUGAAAAUGUUAGUAAUCUAUCUGACAUAAAUUAUGUUGAGGAUCAAGUGAUAUGGAAUGAUCAAAAACUCUGUGAAAAAAUGUUUGUUGUUAUCAAAAAAAAUGUCUCAAAAAUACCAUUAAUAGGACGUAUAGAAUAUUUUUUUCAGACUACGUUUAAAAAUAAGGCUCAUAUUCAGCUCUUUAUGCAUAGUUAUGAAACUGUAUUAGGUGAAACAGCAGAUCCUCAGGAAAUAUUUGCUCUCAAAAAAUGUACAAACAUUGAUAUUAAAAAUAUAGUCAAAAUAAUAGAUGUUGUACAAAAAAUACCUAGAAAUAAUUGGUUUCAACUUGGUAAUUCAAAAUUACAAGAUCUCUUAGAACCUGUUAACCGCAAUAAUAAAAACUCAUUUUUUUAUCAACUUCAAUAUGAUGAUGAAUUUGGACGAUUUGAGUAUCCAAAGCCUGAAGAAUUAAUUACUGACAUUAGAGAUGAAUACUGUAGUAACUGUGAAGUUUUUGAUUUGGAAAACAAAUCAAAAGAACCUGAAGUACUUGAGUUCAUUGAAGAAGAAAAUGGUAUUUCAUAUUUUUAUAAAUUUAAAUUAUUAAAUGAAGAGUAUAAAAUUGGUAAUUUUAUUUACUUACAACCUGGUAUAUUCUCAAUGGCUGAUAGAUCAAAUAUGAUUGAAGAAGAACAAUUUGAGUAUACAGAGACUAUUAAAAAUAUAUGUAAUCAAGAACAAAAAAUUAUUGAUGAAACUGUAUAUCCUGAGUAUUAUCGUAAAACAUUAGAAAAUACAAUGCGUGGUUCAAAUGAAACCACUCCGGAUCCAUUCGAUAUUGCAGAAAUAUUAGCUAUUUAUUUUAUUGCUCAUGACAAUAAAAAGGUCAAGCUAAUAGUACGUCGUAUGUAUAGAGCUGAACAGAUUCUUCUAGAAGAUUCUGCUAGAAAUGCAGAUAUGAACAUGUUAUUUUGGUCAGAAGAAGAGUUUAGGAUCACAUGUGAAUAUAUAUGUGGUAAAUGUUAUGUUUCUUACGGAACCAACAUCCGAGAUCCACUUGUAUGGUCUUCGCUUGGUCCAGAUCGAUUUUAUUUCACAAAACAAUACGAUUCCUUAACUGAUUCCAUUGUUCCUGAGUAUAAACUCCCAUGUGAAGCUAAACUGAUAGGAAAAGAAGUAUAUGUUAAUUAUAACUAUAAUUAUGUAGAUGAAGAUAAAUUACAAUAUAUACCAUCAUAUAAGAAAAUCAAACCACUUAGAGGACUUGAUAUAUUUGCUGGUUGCGGUGGUUUGUCAAAAGGUUUAGAAGAUAGUGGUCUGGUUAUAAGUAAUUGGGCUAUUGAGUGUGAUGAAAUAGCUGCUGACGCAUUUAAAUUAAAUAAUCCAGGAUCAACUGUGUUUGUUGAAGAUUGUAAUAAUUUAUUGAAAUUAGCAAUGUCUGGAGAAAAAACAAAUAGCAAAAAUCAGAACAUACCACAAAAGGGUGAAGUUGACUUCAUUUGUGGAGGUCCCCCUUGUCAAGGAUUUAGUGGAAUGAAUAGGUUCAAUUCUGGUCAAUAUUCAUUGUUCAAGAACUCUUUGAUUGUUUCAUUUUUAUCAUAUAUUGAUUUCUAUCGUCCAAAAUAUUUUGUUGUUGAAAAUGUUAGAAAUUUUGUGUCGUUUAAAAACAGCAUGAUCCUUAAAUUAACACUUCGAUGUAUAACACGUAUGGGCUACCAGUGUACAUUUGGUGUUUUACAAGCUGGUAAUUUUGGUGUACCUCAAACUAGAAGGAGGUUAAUUAUUAUGGCAGCAGCUCCUGGCGAAACAUUACCAUUCUACCCAGAGCCUAUACACGUCUUUAAUAAAAAAAGUUCAAGUUUAAGUGUCCAGGUUGGAGAUAAAAAAUUCAAAACUAAUUGCAAGUAUGAAGAAUCAGCUCCUAUGAGAACUGUCACAGUAUAUGAUGCCUGGUCUGAUUUACCCGAAAUAUUGAAUGGUGCUUAUGAGGAAAAAAUCCUAUACAAAUCAAAACCUAUUACUCAUUUACAAAAGUUACUAAGAUAUCCAAAUAACCGAUAUGAAGAAUCUAUAUUAAGUGAUCAUAUAUGCAAGGACAUGUCACCUUUGGUUCAAGCUAGAAUAGAAUUGAUACCAGUAGGUGAAGGAAGUGACUGGAGAGAUUUACCCAAUUCAAAAGUGAAAUUACCUGAUGGAAGUUAUACUAAUAAACUUUUGUAUACUCACAAUGAUAUAAAAAAUGGUUAUGGUCCAAAUGGUGAGUUACGUGGUGUUUGCCAAUGCGCUAGUGGUAGAAAAUGUGAUCCGCAAGAUCGUCAAAUCAAUACAAUUAUUCCUUGGUGUUUACCACAUACUGGUAAUAGACACAAUAACUGGGCUGGCUUAUAUGGUCGUCUAGCAUGGUCAGGUUUUUGUUCAACAACUAUUACUAAUCCUGAGCCAAUGGGAAAACAAGGUAGAGUACUUCAUCCUGAGCAACACCGUGUGGUCAGUGUACGAGAGUGCGCCCGUUCACAAGGUUUUAAAGAUUCUUUCAUAUUUAAUGGACCAAUCAUCAACAAACAUAGGCAGAUUGGUAAUGCAGUUCCUCCGCCAAUGGGUACAGCUAUUGGUCAUGAAAUAAUCAAAGCUAUUUAUCAAAACCAUGGUUUGUGAUUAUUAAAAUUGUUUUAUUUACAGUUUUAGAUGACAAUAUUAUUUACAUAUUUUUUUUUUUAAAUUUAAUUUACAAUUAGUUAACCAAAUUUAAGUUCAAUAAAGGUCCAAGGAGUAAUUUUUA